AAGGCUCAGCUAGCGCGCUGCCCAGGGGCCGCCCACUGGCGGGAGCAGGGGAGCGCGCAGGGGCGGCGGCGGGGCUUCCCCAACCCGGCCGCGGAGGCGGCGCUCGGCGCGCAGGAGUGGGGAGUCCCAGGGGCGCCGCACGCUCGGCACGGGGACGCGGGACCGGGAGCGUCGGGCGAGCUACCGCGGCGUCCUCGAACCCCGGGGUCCGACGCGGGAGGUUUGGGUUGAACCCUCCCCGCCGCCGCCCGCCCCCGCCUGGCGCCCGCCUCCCGCCCCCGUCCCCGCCCGCGGCCUGGAGCGCGCGCCUCCCUCCCAGCCCCGGGUCUAGCGAGCCGGCGCCGGCCGAGCUGCGGGAGCCGCGGAGAGCACCAGCCGCCGCCUACGCGGGAUCCGCUCCGGCUGCACCAUGCGUGAGCUGGCCAUUGAGAUAGGGGUCCGAGCCCUGCUCUUCGGGGUCUUCGUUUUUACAGAGUUUUUGGAUCCGUUCCAGAGAGUCAUCCAGCCGGAGGAGAUCUGGCUGUAUAAGAACCCUCUCGUGCAGUCCGACAACAUACCCACCCGCCUCAUGUUUGCGAUUUCCUUCCUCACGCCCCUGGCCGUCAUCUGUGUGGUGAAAAUCAUCCGGCGGACAGACAAGACGGAAAUCAAGGAAGCCUUCUUAGCGGUGUCCCUGGCUCUCGCAUUGAAUGGAGUCUGCACCAACACGAUCAAGUUAAUAGUGGGAAGACCUCGCCCCGAUUUCUUUUACCGCUGCUUUCCAGAUGGAGUGAUGAACUCGGAAAUGCACUGCACGGGGGACCCCGACCUGGUUUCCGAGGGCCGCAAAAGCUUCCCCAGCAUCCACUCCUCCUUUGCCUUUUCCGGCCUCGGCUUCACGACAUUCUACUUGGCCGGCAAGCUGCACUGCUUCACCGAGAGCGGCCGGGGGAAGAGCUGGAGGCUGUGCGCCGCCAUCCUGCCGCUGUACUGCGCCAUGAUGAUCGCCCUGUCCCGCAUGUGCGACUACAAGCACCACUGGCAAGAUUCCUUUGUGGGCGGAGUCAUCGGCCUCAUUUUCGCGUACAUUUGCUACCGACAGCACUACCCGCCGCUGGCCAACACGGCCUGUCACAAGCCCUACGUCAGCCUCCGUGUCCCGGCCUCGCUGAAGAAAGAGGAGGGCUCGCCGGCCGACACCGCACCCACCCUGCCUCUGGAGGGGAUCACCGAGGGCCCCGUAUGACCAGCGCCCCGGGGACCACGGGGGGGACGGACGGUGAGCCCGGGCGCGCUCUUCCACCCAACAUCAUCACGCAGUAGGAGAGGUUUCCUGUAGUGUGUUUGCCAUGCGUCGUUUCUCACGGUGACCCUCCCGCUUCCACGCUGCCGAUGGUCCCUGCUGCUUGACGUGCUGCCUCUCCGAGCACCUGAAUUCGCAGAGGAAGGACGCAGGAACCGUCCCGGGGAGACUCAUGGAGGAGGCUGCCAGGGCGGGGUGGGUGCCGCCCGGUGGAUUCUUCUGUCUCCGGUGUUUGCCGUGCAAGCCGCCUUCCUCUGUGUCCAUGGUCGUAAAGCAUAAUAAAACCUCCCACCCGGA